GAAAUUUAAACUUAAAUCCCUGGAAAUAUUCAAUUUUAGGAGGGGGUUCACAAGAUGUCACAAUUUAGUGAAAGGGGUUCGCGGGCUGUUAAAGUUUGGGAACCACUGGCCUAGGCCAAUGCUCAGUGCACCCACCCAAAGUCGGGAAUUGGGAGCGGGAGCUGUUUGUGUCGUUACAAACCACACGUGGGAAGCGGUAUGUUGCUACAGAACAGCCGCCACAGGGCAAGCCCAAAGCUACAUUGGCUUCUCAGGAUGAACCAGCUAAUUUGCUGAUCAGGUUAUUUCUGCCAGUUCUUUAUCAGGGCUUAAAAUAAGCAUGUGCAGUGUCAAUAAGCAGUUCAAAUGAAACUGUGAACACGGGUCAGAUUAGGGGGAAAAAGUGUGGUGGUGGUACACUUCCAAAUGCUGACCCACAAAAUAAGCUCUGUUCACAUGAGAUGCUACGCAGUAGAUUGUACAGAUGUUAAGCAUAUAUCGGGAUUCUCAAACUUCACUGCACCCGACCCCCUCCUGACAACAAAAAUACUCCAGGAGGGGGGACCAAAGCCUGAGUCUGCCCGAGCCCCUCCACCCCAGGCAAAACCUGAUCCCCGUCACCCAGGGCUGGAGCCCUUGGGCUUUGGCCCCAGGCAGUGGGAUUGGAACUUUGUCCUUUGUCCUCAGCAAAUCUAAUGUCAGCCCUGGUCUCUACAGGGGGGUCUCUAACCACUUUGGGAUCCUGACCCACAAUUUGAGAACUGCUGACAUAUAUGAUCACAUGUUUUCUAGGCUCCUUGUACCCUCUGGGGGGUCUGAAUACACCUGUGGGCUCUACUUAGCUCCUUGGUCUUGGAUUUUCUUGAUUGAGAAGGGACGUGGCAUUGCUCUCUCCAGCCCGUUCACAUGUUGUGCCAAAAUGAGCUGUUAGUCACCGUAGAUUUUGCAGAUCUUUAUAAUGUGAUCCUCCUCCUCCUCCUUUCUUACAUGUUUUGAUGAGUAGAAAAAAUAUAAAUUAUUUAUUCUUUCUCUGCCUCAGUUCCUCAUCUGUGAAACUGGGAUAAUAGCCAUAAUAACCCAAUAGAAUAUUGUGAGGAAAAACUUGUGUCUGAGGUGCUCAAAUGUUAGUUAUAUUUACAUUUAGAAAAGCAUAUAAAUAUCAAGGCCCCAAUCCUGAAGUAUAUAAUGCUUAAUUUGUAGUUCUUCAGUGGUACUACUCACAUGUUUGCAGUUAAGCAAAUGUAAAAAUGUUUGCAAAAUCAGGGCAUAAAUAAAAUAAUAUUAACCACAUUCUUGUGAGAGAGAUAAGAUUAUAAUCACUGUUUAUAUUGCGGAGAUAAAGGAAGAGGGAGGCACAGUUAGGACCCUAAUUGGGCCCUGGGUGAUCACUACUUCCCAACACAGAUGUAAUGAGGUUGAGUAGUGCCUGUAUAAGAAAAAUUAAAACGACUAAUUAUUCCUCAAAAAAGGUUUUUAAUGACUUUCGACUAUAAAGGCAACACAGACAAAAGAAGAAAAGCAAGAUUAAAGACCAGCACUGAAUAAGGGUUAAUACAAAUGGCAAGUUAUACUAAAGACAAGCACAAGUACAUAUAAAGUUAUUAUUAAUUAGAUAUUUACUACUAUUCUUAACCUUAUAGAGUACGUGUAAAAUUAUUAUUCAUUAGCUAUUUACUACGAUCUUAACACUAUAGUAUUGACAUAACUUGAGAUCAGUUCUGCCAGAGCAACCAGACUUUUUUACUCCAUAACCUUACCCUGCAUUUGCCCAAAAAUACGUUACUCUUCAGUCAGCCGUUUUCUGCACUGGCCAGGUACAGAUGGUCACGAAGUGCACAUCCCUUCGGUUCAGGGGGUGUGGGUCAGGUUUCCCUUAUGACCAAAACACACACACAAUCCCGUGCCUUUGUACUUUUUAUCUGAUCUGUCAGCCGUGUUUUAAAACAGACUGACCAAUUAGGGUCAGCCAAAUCUUUAUUGUGGUUAGCAUUGUUGCCUUGGCUGUAUAAUUUAUGCUUGCUUAUCUUCUUGUGUCGCUUUGACUGUAUAAUUUAUACUUACUGAUUUUCUUGUAGCCAAUUGUUUUCAUUGUGGGUUAGUCAAGCUAUGCCUGGGGCACAACUUACCUUGCUUAGAAUGUGUUAUCUGGUUGCAGCGCGUUUUGACCACAAGUUUUAGCUUACUUCUGCAAAGCUUGCCCUUUUCACCUCUGCAAAGCAGAAGUUUGAGGCCUAACACUGACAAUAUCUUUGUUCAUUUUAAGCUUGGCAAUACUUUUGCUCAGAGAUUAAUCACAUACAUAUGGUGAAAAGAGGAAGAGGUUAAGUGACUUGCCCACAUCCACAGACUGAGUCCAGUUCUUGAGUUGGUAUUAGAACUCAGAAUUCCAAUCUUGCCUCAUAAGUAGUAUAAGGGCCCUACCAUCAAUCAAACAUUAACCCUGCCCCUUGACCCCUUAAGCACCGCGCACCUGUCACCAGAAGUCCCGUCCCAUGGGAGUAUUACUUCCGGGGUCAAGCCAGACACAUGACCGGAAGCAAGGUGUAUCAUAUGACCCCUCUAAGAACUCCUCCCAUUGCCCUCUGCCAAUCAGAGCACAGCACCAUCACCCCAUAAGUCCCAGCGCCAGACAGAAGAGGCCAUCUCUUACCAAGAACGGGUGUUUUAGAAAUCGUGGAAAGGCUGAGAGGAAACAUGGACUCCUUCACCACCCCCGUGAGAACUUCAGACUUUGUUUUAGCCCCAAGAGCCUUCGACCAUCCACGGAGAAAGCGCUACAUCGUGACAGUUCCAAGGAGGGGGGAGUGGCCAAGGGGAGCCCUUUGGCCCAGCCGUUGAUGGAACCCGAAUCCGAAACCCAACUUCUCGUGAGAUACCCCAAUGAGCAUGGUGGCCUCUCGUCAUCCACCCGCCUGGAGGAGGAAGGUGAACGCAGCUCUGGGGAGUCACUGGUGGACAAGGUGAACGGAAAAGACAUUGCUCAGUUCAACGAUGCCUUUCCAGAAGACCUGGAGGCCCUGCACAGUGUUGCAUCAGACAGUGAAGCUGAACCGGGCCUGCCUUGUUUUUGCUCAAUGCUGAUACAAAUUGUUGUAGAAGACUCCGAGGGUGACAGCUAUGAGGAGGCUUGGCAUGGAACUAACUGAGCCAAUGACACGUCGUGAGCAUAAAAAAGUAUUGCAGACUAUUGUACGUGUUGCUGUUUAUGCUGUCCUUAAUCACUGUCUUAGGGAAAAGCUUUUAGAAGAUUGUGAGGGCUGUGUCAUAGACGCACCAGCCUAACGGCACCAUGACUGUGUGACU